AACAGCUUGCGAGGGCGCGCCGCGCGGUAUGUUGCUGCCGCGGCGCUGUGGCUUGUCGCGGCUUGCGGCUGCUGGUUGGCGCUGUUGCUGCCGCUAACUACGCUCCUCGGCGUCCUUGCUGCGGUGCUGCUGCCGAGCUUCCUGCGCUGUGUGCAGCUGAAACAUCUGCAUGGUUUGCUGCGGCGAGAGGUGCUGCUCCUGGAGUUCGUGCAACGUGUGUUAUUUGGUCUGACGAUUGUUUUUGCACGACUUUUGGGCUUGCAUGCAGAGAGCGACUGGACGUGUCAAAGAUACACAUUCAUGUUGGUCAUGAUGGUUUGCAACGGAAUUUUGUCAAAGAUUGGUUGGACCGUGUCGUGGCGGUGUCCUGUGUGGUUGUUGCUCUUGGGGUUAUCGUAUUAUUAUCCACUCUUUCCGCCAAAGAAAAAAUCGGAUGCCGAGAAGGCGGACAUCGUUCGUGCUGAGCUAGAGCAAUUUGUUGCAGAGCAUGGGGAGAUGCCAUCGCAGCAUGCUGAUCUGAGUAGCAGUUGCUCCUUGUAUUGGAAAUUGAAGAAACUGAAACUCCUGCAUCUGUAUGCGUCCGUGCAAAUCAUAGAAUUUCAAAGUAUCAUCGCAAACACCACGGCGCCAAUCAUGCUUCAACAGAUGCAGGAAGCUCGGCAGCAGCACCGCAGCAAGGACGCCAAGCAGCGUAGUCAGCGGCAGCAGCGUCGCCAAGCAGCAGCCGCAAGCCGCGACAAGGCAGAGCGCCGCGGCAGCAACGUACCGCGCUGCGCGCCCUCGCAAGCAGUUCUGGCGCGCAAGCUUACGCCAUUGCAGCGCAGGCAGAUUUGGCGCACUGUGGUCUUUGUGUUUUCAGUUCGGCGCGCCGCGCGGUAUGUUGCUGCCGCGGCGCUGUGGCUUGUCGCGGCUUGCGGCUGCUGGUUGGCGCUGUUGCUGCCGCUAACUACGCUCCUCGGCGUCCUUGCUGCGGUGCUGCUGCCGAGCUUCCUGCGCUGUGUGCAGCUGAAACAUCUGCAUGGUUUGCUGCGGCGAGAGGUGCUGCUCCUGGAGUUCGUGCAACGUGUGUUAUUUGGUCUGACGAUUGUUUUUGCACGACUUUUGGGCUUGCAUGCAGAGAGCGACUGGACGUGUCAAAGAUACACAUUCAUGUUGGUCAUGAUGGUUUGCAACGGAAUUUUGUCAAAGAUUGGUUGGACCGUGUCGUGGCGGUGUCCUGUGUGGUUGUUGCUCUUGGGGUUAUCGUAUUAUUAUCCACUCUUUCCGCCAAAGAAAAAAUCGGAUGCCGAGAAGGCGGACAUCGUUCGUGCUGAGCUAGAGCAAUUUGUUGCAGAGCAUGGGGAGAUGCCAUCGCAGCAUGCUGAUCUGAGUAGCAGUCGCUCCUUGUAUUGGAAAUUGAAGAAACUGAAACUCCUGCAUCUGUUGAAGCAUGAUUGGCGCCGAGAUGUUUGCGAUGAUGUUUUGACAUUUUAUGAUUUGCAUGGCCGCAUUCCUCGCAG